CUUAGCUUUUGAAAUUUCCAACGGUUUCGUCUCGGAGUCAUCGUUUCAUCUGUAUAUUUGAAACUUGUGUUACGUAAUAUGGACGCCAAGAUUUGGUAUAAAAAGGCAGCCUUACAGAGCCACAAUUCACUAUCAGCCUAUGAGCGGAAAACAGCCAAUUCUCGUACUUCAAGUGUUAACUGACUUCCCAAUCAAGAAGUAUUCCAUUGAAAUGAAGAGCUCUUGGGUUUUGAUCCUUUCUCUUGGACUAAUUACAGUUUUAUCAGUUUCAAAGGCCAAACCGUUUGGAGAAGAACUGACUCCUCGUCAUAUCGGAGAUGCAAUAGAAUUUGACGAUGGUUGGUUGACGAAAAAGAAAGGUGAAUUUUUUUUUUAAGUGAAAUAACCAAUAGUAACACAAAGUGUACCCCUUUUUGCCACAUAUCCGCCGUAAUAGACUUAAGUGCCCAUUCUAUGCUUGAUAACUUUUAAGUCUGAGUACAGAAUAAUUGAACAACGCAACGGUACCUUCGUAGAAGUGAUCAACAUGUAACUUAUCCCCGUAAUAUCUAAACAUCCAGCAAACAGGUCUUGGUCAAAGUGUACCUUUUUCAGUCCACUUCAGAGAUAAGUAUUUGAAAAAGUAGACGUUUGGCUAUCUAGAGAUUUUUCAGAGAGCUAAAAGAAAAUUGUGCUGAAUCCAGGAAUUUUUAAAAAUUUCAUCUUUGUUGCCGAGAAAACACGACGCUUUUUAAAAACAACGCUUUAAGUUCAAGUUGUGGUUCGCUCAACGGAUUCCCGGUUGAUCUUCACCAGGUCACGCAUGCUUUGCUUUGCCGAGAAAUGGGACUCAUUUUGACGUAGAGGGUCACAUCCCGGCCGUAAGAUUCAACUGAUAUGCAGACAUAUAGUCUUCAAAAAAGAUCAAAGGCUGUUCUCGGCUUGUAAAUGUGUUGCAUAGUCUAACAUGUAAUUUUUCAGUAUCAUGUCAUCAGUCGUCAAUCCUAUAUAUCUAGUCUUCCACAGUAGAAGAUAUCCAGAGUGUUUAAACUAAGUUAAUUGUGAAAAAUUGAUCAACGAUAUCCGUCUCUUUUAAAUGACUAAAAAAAGAUAUCCCUAAAUUGGAGACUAACCACUUGACAAGGUGACACUUAACUGACCAAUGGAAAUAUCAGAAAAAAAUUCAAAUGAAUAAUGAACCAGUCACAAAACAAAAUGAAGCAAUCCCAGAUAACUACUUUUUGGUGACAACAACGUUAUUUGAUCUAUCCCAAUAAAAAUAAAAGAAGGGAUUUUUCAUCAAUUAGACUAAAUAGCAAAAAGAGGUACUGACUUCCUUAAAUAACUAGAGUUAAAAAAAACUAAGACGCCACAUUAUGGUAAUAAAAGCCUCAGUACAAACAGAAACACGCAUGAUAUCUAUAACUUAAGUCUACUUAGGAGAAAUAGGAAUAAUUCAAGCCAAAAUUUAAAAAAAAAAUUACACUGUGCGAGGACACUAAUAUCACAUUACAGAGACAUCAAUGCGACAGAGGAUCAUUUGUAGACUGAGCAAAGGCACCAAAAACUACUAUAACUUAAUGUUAAUAUACUUAUUUUAAUUUAAAAAAAAGGAAGAAGCGUUAAGAAUUGCUUACUAACUCUAUUUUACAUAAUUUUACAGCCUAUUGCUUGGAUGUACAUCCAACUAUAUGUCGGUUGAGAAAACAUCAGUGCUUCAGCAGUCGGUGGUUCAUAACAUACCGGAGUUUUGUCAGUUUUGUUGAAGAAGAGUGCCCACACACUUGUGGAAUGUGUUAG